CUGUGAGUUUGAUGGGGUUCCUUCCAGACCUUUCCCCCAUCACUUGGUUGCUCCUCAUUGCUUUCCUGAGCCUCCUGGUGCUCUAUGGGAUAUGGCCCUACCAGACCUUCAAGAAGCUGGGCAUUCCUGGCCCACGGCCUGUGCCAUUUUUGGGAACAUUCCUGGCAUACCGACAGGGGCUCCUGAAUUUUGAUCAGAUGUGCUUUGAAAAAUAUGGUAAAAUCUGGGGGAUUUUUGAUGGCAGGCAGCCCAUAAUGGCUAUUCUGGACCCCACGCUCAUCAAAACCAUCUCGGUGAAGGAGUGCUAUAGCACUUUUACCAAUCGCAGGGUCUUUGGUCUGAGUGGGAGACUGGAGUCAGCUGUUAGCAUGGCUGCGGAUGACCAGUGGAAAAGGAUUCGCACUGUGUUGUCCCCAACAUUCACCAGUGGGAAGCUGAAAGAGAUGUUCCCUAUCAUUGAGAGCUAUGGUGAAAAAUUAGUGAAAAACACUGAGAAGAAAGUGGCUAAUGAAGAGCUCUUGGACAUGAAGAACAUUUUUGGAGCCUACAGCAUGGAUGUGGUGGCCAGCACUUCUUUCAGCGUGGAUGUUGACUCCAUGAGCAAACCCAAUGACCCCUUUGUCACCAACAUUAGGAAAGUUCUCAUAAAAAGCCCAUUAUUGAUGUUCAUAGUGUUGUUCCCCUUCAUGAUCCCAGUGCUGGAGAAGAUGAAUGUGACGCUGUUAUCUAAUGAAGUCAUGGACUUCUUUGAUGUCUUCUUCAUGAAAAUGAAGAAGGAAUGGGAAAAAGGGUACCACAUGGACCGAGUGGACUUCCUGCAGCUGAUGAUUGACUCACAGAGCUCACAGGAUGGCUCCAAGUCUGCUGGGGAGAAGGACUCAUACAAAUCAUUAAGUGAUGAGGAGAUUCUGGCUCAGGCUCUUAUCUUUGUCUUUGCUGGUUAUGAAACCACCAGCUCCACCCUCAGCUACAUCUCCUAUCACCUGGCCGUGCACCCUGAUGUGCAGAAGCGACUCCAGGAUGAGAUCGAUGCAAACUUGCCCAACAAGGCUGCUCCUACAUACGAUGCAGUUAUGCAGAUGGACUACCUGGACAUGGUGGUGAAUGAAUCCCUGUAGCUGUACCCUGCUUUGGGGCGGAUUGAUCGGAUCUGCAAGAAGACAGUGGAGUUCAAUGGGGUUACCAUCCCAAAGGGCAUGGUGGUCAUGAUCCCAAUCUAUGUGCUUCACCAUGACCCGGCAUACUGGCCCAAGCCAGAGGAAUUCAGGCCUGAGAGGUUUAGUAAAGAAAACAGAGAGAACAUUGACCCCUACACCUACCUGCCAUUUGGGGCCAGCCCCAGAAACUGCAUCGGAAUGAGAUUUGCUCUCCUCGUCGUUAAAGUGGCUGUGGUUGCCCUUCUGCAGAACUUCUCUUUCAGACCCUGCAAAGACACUCCGAUCCCCCUGGUUCUGGACACAAAAGGUUUCAUGCAGCCAAAGAAGCCCAUUGUCUUGAAGAUGGUCCCCAGAGCCCAUGGCGAUCUGCAGAACUGAAGGAGCUGUUCAGAGACUUUCAAUCAAUGGUGCUUUCCCUGCCCAACUCUGGAAAAGAGAUGCAGAUUGACGUGUGCACUCUUGAAAUGUCAGUGAUGCAAAUCCCCAUUUUGACAUGGGGCAUUAGGGGUUUGGCCUGGCAUAAUUAAAAGAGCGUUAUCCUAAUGAAAA